UCCACACCUAAGCGAACGCUUGCGAACGAACGAACAUUCGCAGGUAAUGUGGACGGCAAAGCAAACGCGAACGAUUCGAUUUGUAGUGUUCGUUAGCAUUCGGAAGGAUUUGCGUUCGGCAAGAAAUUUGAGUAGAGUUUGAUCGUUCGCUCGCUUACAUUUGCUAUGUAAUCUGGACGUCUACUAAACGCAAUAGAACGUUCGUACAAAUUUAUUGUACAUUUGUGCGUAGAUGACAUGCAAACGAAUGUUCGCUCAUUUGAUGUUUUCUUUUAUGCAACAAUCGUGAUUAGUCGUGUGUGUAAUUAUAUUACAUAAUCUAUUAUAUAAUAUAUAAAGUAUAUAAAAUAUAAAUAUAAUAAUAUAUAAAGAAAUGAGCAAUAACGUGAUUAUAGCUAGUGCUGCUAUCAUAGUUAUAUCUGAGGGCUCCAAAAAAAAGCGUAAAUGUUGGAUGUCAGAGUUUCUGAAUAAAAGAAAUUGUAUAUGCACACCGCUUUUUAAAGAACUGGAUGUUAAACGCUUUCAUAACUUCUGUCGGAUGUCUGAAAUGGACUUCGAUAAGAUUUUAAAAUUGAUAUCUUCUAAAAUAUCGAAAGAAGAUACAAAGUUUAGAAAAAGUAUAACUCCAGCAGAAAGACUGGCAGUCACCCUCAGAUUUUUGACAACUGGGGAUUCAUUUACCAGCUUGGAGUAUUUAUUUAGAAUAUCGAAGCAAUCUAUAUCCAAAAUUGUACCUGAAGUUUGUUCGGCUUUGCCUAUUUCUCCUGAAGAAUGGUGCGCUGUUGCUAAAGUUUUUGAACAGAAAUGGAACUUCAACAAUUGUAUCGGAGCUAUAGAUGGAAAGCACUGUGUUCUUCAAGCUCCAUUUCAUUCAGGAAGCGAUUACUUCAACUACAAAUCUUCUUUUAGUAUUGUUCUUCUGGGUAUUGUGGAUGCAGAAUAUAAAUUUUUAUUUGCUAACGUAGGUUGCCAAGGAAGAAUAUCAGAUGGCGGCGUUUUUAAUAACAGCGCUUUCUACAAACAACUUAAAAAUGAAACUUUGGGACUACCAGAAGAAAUGACGUUGCCUGGGAGCACAAACAAAGUACCAUUUGUUUUUGUUGCUGAUGAUGCUUUUCCACUGAAACCAAAUAUUUUGAAGCCCUACAGCGGAAAACACGAUAAAGGCUCAAUAGAGCGUAUUUUCAACUAUAGACUUUCCAGAGCACAUUCGGAGUUUUGUCCAGCGUUUUUCGUGUUUUAA